CACUCUCGAUAAAACUGUCCCGCUCGGUUGCUCCCCUUUUCAGAUCGUUCGUGAAACUGUACGGGUCGCGUAAAAAGUGAAGUGGCACAUUGGUUCGGUAUUGGUCUUCAGGAUGUCCUCGGGCAGCAUUGUUCGGUGUCUGCUGCUGCUGCUGCUGUGUGUAGUGCUGUGCGCCACCGAUGGCGAAGCGUCGCCCACGUACCGCCGCUCAAAACCUCCGAAAAUGGGCAUGUUUUGGACGGUGAUUCAAAACGUCUCCGGACCGCCCGUUCCACCGUCGGCAUCCAUUCUCUCGGCCGCAUCCACGGCCCUGUACCGUCCGAAGCUUAUCAUCGAUCGGGCCUCCUUGAGUAAGGUGGCCGGUGGUACGGUGGCCAAAAAUGAUCAGUUCCCGCACCUUGUGUCCAUCAUACUCAUCUUUGCCGAUGGGUCCGAUACGCUGUGCGGUGGUUCCAUACUGGCCGAUCGGUUCAUCCUGACCGCAGCACACUGCCUGUACGGGAUGCAGGAGGCAACCAUCGUUCCGGGCCAAUCGGUGAUACAGAUACCAUUCCCGCCGGACAUCGUCACGGUGGCGAUCAAACCUGCCGACACCAUUCUACAUCCGGGCUACGAUCCGGUCGAUAUACUGAACGAUAUCGCACUGAUACGCCUCCCACAGCCGCUCACCUUUUCGGCGCGCGUGCAACCGAUCCGACUGCCCUCGUGGACCAACUCGUACGUGGAUCUUACCGGGUACGAUUCGAUCGUUUCCGGCUGGGGCGCUCAAUCGAACGAUGAUUACGCGGAGCUGGUGGACGAGAUGCGGCUCGAUCUGCGCUUCGCCACCAACACGAUCGUGCCGAAUGCCGUGUGCCACCGGGUGUACGGUUCGAUCAUACGCGAUCAGCAGAUCUGUGUGGCGGGCGAGGGAGGGCGCAACCCUUGCCAGGGCGAUUCCGGCGGGCCGCUGACGGUGAAGUUCGAUGGCCAGCGGCUGACGCAGGUCGGCAUCGUUUCGUACGGUUCGGUGCUGGGGUGUGAGAACGGAGUGCCCGGUGUGUAUACGCGCGUGUCGUCGUACGUUGAGUGGAUCGUUUACCACACGGGAAUCGUUACGUAGGGCGGUAGAAUGCAAUU